GCCGUGUUGGAUGUACGUUUUCGUUUUCGUGGCUUAUUUUUCAUUAUAGAAAGUUUUGGGAACAACAUCGCGAGAAUUAAUUUAAUUAUUGUUAAAAAUACGUAGAAUAAUCAAGUUGUAAAGAUGAAUAAAAUGAUUAAGUCUUUUGCACUUCUUCUAAUCGUGUCAAUGGCUUUGGCUACAACAACCGAUUCAGGCGAGGAAACCCGUGCUAAAUUAUUAGUAUCUAAACAAAUUCUCAAUAAAUACUUGGUUGAACAACGUGACAUUUUGGUCAAAUAUACUCUUUACAAUGUUGGAACUGGACCAGCUACACAUGUGUCAUUAGAAGAUCAAGGUUUCCCAAGUGAAGCAUUCGAUUUGGUCAGUGGAAAAUUGGAAGUUCAAAUCGACAGAAUUGCUUCUGGAACUAAUAUUACCCAUGUUGUUAUUGUACGUCCAAGAGCUCAUGGAUAUUUCAACUUUACUGCUGCUGAAAUCAGCUACCGUCCAGUUGAAUCAUCACCAAACCUACAAUACGCAAUCAGUUCAGAACCAGGUGAAGGUGGCAUUGUCAACUUGGCUCAAUUCAACAAGCAAUUCUCAUCACAUUUCCUUGAUUGGAUCGCAUUCGUUAUUAUGUGCUUACCAACUGUUGUCAUUCCAUACAGCUUGUUCCUUAAAUCAAAGACGAAAUAUGAACUUCUGGCACAAAAGAAGAAGUCCAACUAAAAUUAAAGACUUUUCAUAUUCAUAAAAAAAUUCUCACAACCUAAAGUUUUUUUUUAAGAAAGCAUCAUUUGUCAGAAAAAAUGCAAAAAACAAAUUUUAAUUAAGUGGAAAAUAUCCUGAAUAAAAAGUUCCCAAGUUGAAAGUGGUGGAAAAAUGAUUAAAAAUAU